UUCAAGAUGAAAAGAUUGCUAAGUAUUACUAACUAGCAACAUUUAUUCAACGGGGAGAGGUCGUACAAAUACCAAUAACAGACAUCUGGGAUCACUACCAGGAAUAAAAUGAAAACCACACGGGACUGAAAAACCCCGAUGAGCCAAACAGUCGGCUGAAAAAAUUACUGUCUCUAAACACGUGGGAGAGUUGAACAACGCAGUUCUGCUCGAAAAGGCCACGAAACUGAAGAAAAUGUCUCUGGAUUUUGCAAAUGACAAUGUACACAGCUUUAACUACAGUUAUGAUCCAACAGAAGAACACCUGCAAUUCAUCCAUAAUGGCUUCAUUGCCGAUUUCCCACCAACAGCGAUGAACGCCAUUGGUAAAGAUAAUUUCUCCUCACAGACCAUUGCACUGAAGCCCAGCUAUCACAGCAGUAAAGUACCUCAGUUCGAUGAACCUAUAAAACAGAUGGUUAAGCCUUCUCUGUAUCUUCAUAUCAAAGACAGCUUUUUAUAUGUACGGUGACUCCCGACCUCAGUGUAGAUACUACUGCAGCCACCGUCUUCCCUGAUCGGGCCAGCACCAUUCAUGACAUUCAAAGCUUGUAGGAGUCCUUGAUGCUUAAAUCGUCCUCAAAGCUUGUUCAUACCAUUGAAGAAAGUACGAACAAAUUUUCUUCAAUGGUUCCGCCACAAUUCCGUGAUGCUGAAAUCGUCCUUCAUCCUUUUCCUUCUCACGAGAAAAAACAAUGGUCUCGAGAGAAAUCCAGCAGUGAAUAACAAGGGAACAUUUAUGACCUUCGAUCAAUUUCUGCAAUUUGCCGAAGGCAAAAUCUGCUCCAGGCAUUAUGAAUCAUGAUCAAGAUAAAUGUAAGUAAUUCUCCUUCAUCUAAGCCAUCUGCUAAUAAUACCCAAAAACAACUUGCAGAAUGCUGCAUACAUUGCAUCGAAAAAAGGCCUUGACAUUGUUACCACGGUGAGCACAGCCCUAGAUGAAGCCUCAUUUGACAAACAGACUACUGAACUAGUCUUAAUACAUUUGGACGAUACAUCAGUGUUGGCCAGAUUCAGCAGUCUCGGGUACAAAAAGGAUGCUGGCUGUCAAGGAAAAAGUAAGCGACAUACCAAAGGCUACGGCAGAUGAAAUAAAAAAGCAUGCAGUUGCAGUCACCUCGACUAGAUUCUCAUUCUCUAUAAUCCAACAAGCCAUGGCUUCACUAGGAAGGAAACCGAUUUUGUUAAGGUACUGCGAGCUGCAAACUUGUCUGUGUUCGUCACAACUCUGAACAAUGAAUAUCUCUCACUUGCAUUUGAUUUCAACAAGGAUGCCAUGUUCGGGAUCGCCACUUACACGAUGAUGAUGUCAAUCAAUGGUACCAUUACAGAAUAUCCAUGAACUGCAAACAAAUAUUGAGUAAGCAUUCAUUCAUGCAGCCUUCUUUCAUCCCUCCAAAAUACCAUACAAAUCCGAAAUCCUCCUCCUUUUUGCCCCUGUUGUAGAAAACCCAUGUUCGAAUCUUAACGACCCAGAUCUCAAGUACACCAUCUUACCAAUCUCCCCGGGUCAAAAGCUCAAUCUAACCAGGAACUCGAAAUCCCGUGUCCUCUGAAAUCAGCUGUAGCUGUUAAAGAGUAAAGACAUUGCUGACCCACCAUUACCUGCAGUGAGCAUAGUUCAAGUUGAAGAAGCUCCUCCUCCAGAUUCAUCUUCUUGUGCCCAUUCCAGUCUUUCAUUCGCAGCUAUGGCGUUGCUAAGCUUACUCAAUGGCUUCUUCAUCAUCCUAACUCCCAGCCAGAACUUCUAACUGACGAGUGACGUCUAGCAUUAGCAAUCAUCAUUCCAACUUUACAUCUGUUUAGAUUGCAAUUUAUCACAUUUCAUUCUACAAUCUAGAUCUUUUUACACACUAAUCCACCAUCUCCGCCAUUCAUUUCUCACAUUCUAAGAACCCUAGAUUCGGUUCUAGGCCGAAAAUCGAUCACAUGCAACUCAACAACAUUUAUAAAAAUUCUUCAACACAGCUCAUUAUAAAAUCAUCGCCAGAAAGAGAAAU